AUGCCUACCCGAAGACCGCUGAAAAAAGGAAAGAAGGCGUGCACGGAGUGCCGCCAGCAAAAGGCAAAAUGCGAUGUCUACUUGGACCCAGAUCAGCCAUGUAACCGAUGCCGCAAGGUCAAGGCAAACUGCAUCAUUUCAGAUCCGUUCAAGAGAGAGCACAAGCGCAAGAGGCUCUCCGAGCUGGAACGGGAAUCGGAAGAUCUGCGACGCAAGCUUCGGGCAUCCCAACCAACAGAUCUUAGUCCCCACCCUUCGCCGAUCGCCCUCUUGACAGCGGCAGCGGAGAUGGGAGCGCAUUCGAGACCAGGGAGUAACUCCGUCUCUGUUUCCUCGAAUGCCCCACUCGAUGCAUACUCGCCGCACUUGUUGGCUCCAAAUGGCCUCACACAUAUGACCCCGGCACCGGCAUUGGACGGUGGUGGCACGACCAAGUCCCGGAGCUUGAACGGGGUACAGGUGCAAGGAGAGGAAAUUGAUGAUCUGUUUCGAUUAUUCUUCCAGCACUACGCGCAAUUCCUUCCCAUCUUGGACCCCCAAACUUCACCAAAUACAUAUUAUGCACAAUCACCCUUUCUAUUCUGGACAAUCAUCGGAGCAGCAUGUCGUUCAUACGCUCGAAAUCCUACGUUGUUGACGGCAUUGGCUCGAAGUGUGUUGGAAAUGGCAUUCCUCUCGGCUUUGUCCGUAUCGCCGCCCUGGCACACUAUCCAAGGACUUUUGCUCCUUUUGACAUGGCCUUUCCCAAAAGGAGCGGACCAUCCGGAUGUGGCUUUUCCAUUGUGUGGGAUAUUGCUCCAUAUCUCCAUGCAAAACGGGCUCCAUAUCCCCAUGUCGAGUCAUGAGUUUUCACGAGUCAAAAUCCCGGCGCCAUCCGAAGGUGAUCUGCUCCGUCGGUCGGAGCUGUGGGCGCACACAGUUAUUAUGUAUCAAAGGGUAUGCGUGCUCAAAGGACAGUUACCUCGGGCCCUAAUGAACCACGGCCAAGAUCCUACACAUAGACAGGUGCUGAUGGAUAAAAUUGCACCGUGGAUGGCUCUGAAAAUUCGCUGUCAAGAGGUGAUUGCAAAAUGCAGCGAAGCAGUCACCGAAAAUGGGCUGCGGUCGAUGUCUCUCGACCAAGAGCGAGCAUUGGAUAUCUUGCUUCGCACAUACGAAGGACAGGUAGAUGAUCUAGAACUACGUGCAGUGACUGAUGACGAGAGAUUUGACACUGGGCUAUGUCGAAUGGCUGUUCAGAGCUUCCAUUUCUUCAAGAACCAAACCCUCGUGUCCAGCGGAUGCUAUCCACGAAUUCUUGUCACCGCGUGCAGCUUGAUUGACUACGUUCAGGUGCUUUCCGAUCGAUUUGGGUUCCUGUCGAUGGCCCCUGUCCAUAUUUGCUUUGCGCUGCUCUUGGCUUCCACGUCCUUGCUACGGAUCUUAAAAAGCACCGUAGCCUCACAGGGUUUGGAGACUGGUCGUGCGCGAGCUGCUCUCUUUACAGCCAUCAAUCUGGCAAAACAAAUCUCCACUGACAGUGCCGACAUAGCUGCCAAGACGGUCAUGAUUCUCAGCUCGACUUGGAAUAGCAACAAAGCAUUCCGCCGCGCUGAUGGAUCGGAUUAUCCCGCCCUGCGCAUUCGCGGUCGACUAGUUCUCAGUCCCAUUCUCGACGCUGUUUGGUGGUGGCGGGAUGAAUUUGAUCCCCAAUCGCGGACUGUACGGUCGGUUAUAGAGCCUGCUAGCGGUGGUGGGUCAGAUCCCAACCAAAACUUCUCUGGCGGCAUGAUGGCGCCAUCCGGGAUGCUCACUGACCAGAGUGCAUUCCACCUGGAUGAGCAGUUCCUGGCGGAUUUUGAAUGGGCACUCGGGGACGAGGCAUUUUUCUCGCUGGAUCCAACACCCUCCACGUGGCCGACGACGAAUAAUCUACUAUAA